AUGAGUCUUGUGAGCCCCAUGUUCGAUCUGAUCAAUUACCCAAGGAACCCUUAUAAUAUGCUUAAUCUGCUUAAGCUUCGGUCCCUUACGCCGCCUGGCCUCACCCUGACCUACUCAAAGAAACGCUCCCAUAGUGACUUGGGCACCGACGCUGACCUGCUGCAAAACCAGCACACUUCUACGAAAAGGUCCAGAACGGCUCCACCUUCGCCACCUUCCGCUCCAGCUACCACUGUUCUCCCCAAAACUGACCUUUUUAAGGCCCCGCUGUCGUCUGCUGUUAGGGUUUCGCUUCCUAGUCUUUCUACUGCCUUGGAGCGCGCUAAGGACCCUAUAGUGCCUACGGUGUCGCUUGACUACUUUGACACUUAUAAGCCUAACGAUGAAAACUGGCGGUACGGUCUUUUGGAUUCGAUUAGAUCCACCAAACCUUCUUUCAGCCUUAACUCGUAUAGUUACCUUGAGGCUCACGCUCAUAACAACACCACUGACGUGAGACCAAUGGCUGCGAAAAACCACCAUCAACAUACUGCUGCUCCUACUGCUCCUAAGGAACCAGUUAAACUACCGCCUAUUAGUGAACUCAGCAGUGGCGUGAAACCACAAUUUGACUCUCGCGUCAGUAAGCCUUUGCCUACGUUGGCUGAACGCAAAAUCAACUUCCCAUAUGAGUCUAACUAUACGUACCUCAACAAAACGUACAUGAACGAUGUGGAACGGUACCCAGAGUACUUGGAGUUGGCCCAGUCGCUUAUUCAACUUUCCAGGCCUGCUACAGGCGGUUCUAGUUCUUCUGUGAGUGCUGGUGCUGGCGCCAGUUACUACCAGCAGCCUGAAUUUAGACCACAACCGCCAUUUGCUGCUACUGCUACAGCCACGGCUGCCACGGCUGCUGCUGCCGCUGCUGCUUCAUACCAGCCUGUGCCGUUCACUCCAGAAAGCUCAUUCACGGAAAACGAACCUUCGUCGCCAAAGAAAAAGCAAAAGACGAAAUUCAUUCCUAUCACGCCGCCUUCAGUUAAGGAUAAGUCUAGAUCCGAGUUGAUGCGGUCGCCGCCCCGUCAUGGCCAGCAUGUGGCCAGAGUUUGCAUUUCUUGUGGUUCAGACCAGUCGCCAUGCUGGCGUCCUUCGUGGUCGAUCAAGGAAGGCCAGUUGUGUAACUCUUGUGGUCUCAGGUACAAGAAGACGCUGGCACGUUGUUUGAACAAAAAGUGUAAGAAGAUUCCUGCCAAGGGCGAGUGGUCCUUGAUGCAGACGAAAGGAAAGACUGAUUUCGGUGACGAGAAAGCAUACAGUUGUUUGGACUGUGGCUGGAAAGUGGAGAUCAAACUGUGA